AUGGCAACUUCACGAUUCAAGACAGCGAUAUACACAGCAGAGAAAUUCGUAGAAAGCGCCGGCACCGUUCUACUCCGACUCUCGACUCGCGAGGUCUGCAUCCUUCACACACUGCUCCACCGUGACGAAUACAUCCUCCCCAAGGGCCGUCGCAACCUGGGCGAAUCCCGCCAAACCACUGCGAUUCGCGAAACCAUCGAAGAGACCGGUAUCCCCUGCCGCCUGUUACCUGUCAACUUGGUUUCGCGCGUCUGCCCCGCCGGGACCGCCAUCGAGACGGAACAUGAUGAGCAUCAGCAUCUUCCGGACGAGGCACGCUUGUUUGAAGGUUGUGCCUGUGAGCCCAUCGCGUUGCAGACGCGACAUGUCGGGGAGGGUGAGGUGAAACUGAUUUGGUGGUUUGUGGCUGCUGUUAAUGAGGACGAGCCUGUCGGCCAACAUGAGAGGGACAAGUUUGAGGUGGAAUUUCAUCGCUACGAUACGGUUCUGGAGAUAUUGACAUUCAAGGAUGAUCGCGAGCUGGUCAGGAAGGCAAUCGAGCUUGCUGAAUCCUCCGUCGGUAACCAGUGA